AUUUAUCAUAGUUAUGACGAAUGAUGGUUUCAAUAUGGCGUCGAUUUGAGGAGUAACUGAUUUGGAUACUUGGCUUUACGUUUUACGUUUAGUAUUAUCAAGAAAAUACUCACUCUGAGACAAAAAUUAUGGAGUCAGAAGAAUUUAUAAGACCCCCUGAGGCUCCCGUUUUUCAGCCAACACCAGAAGAAUUUAAGGACCCUGUAUCUUACAUAAGUAAAAUUAGACCAGUUGUGCUAAAUACAGGUAUAUGCAAGAUCAAACCACCUUUGGGAUGGAAGCCUCCUUUUGCUCUUAAUGUUGACGCAUUUAAGUUUACUCCUCGUUUGCAGCCCCUUAAUGAAUUAGAGGCAAAUACAAGGGUCAAGUUGAACUUUCUUGACAACCUUGCAAAGUUUUGGGACAUGCAGGGAGUGUCUUUUAAAGUUCCUGUUGUUAACAGAUCCCCUUUGGACCUUCACCAAUUAUUUAAAAUUGUGACUAACAAUGGAGGUUUUGAAGAGGUUUGUUCUGCUAGAAAGUGGGUCUCCAUUGCAAGAGAGAUGAAAUAUGACAACAUAGCUGUAUCCGGGUCUCUUAGAAUCAAUUAUGAAAAAUAUUUGUAUCCGUUUGAAAUAUGUCAAGUGAAUAAUGGAGUUUUAAAGUUGAAUAUGUCUAAGAAGUCAUGCAGUCCUACCAAUACAUCAGGGGGAUUAGCAAGAGGCAGCAAUGCUGAAGAAAAUCAUUUUAGUCAUGACAUUGAAACUGAUAUCAAACCAGAUGAUAAUCAUCGAAGAUCAAAGAGAAAGCUUUCUGAGGAUCCUGACUAUAAUUUUGAUAUUUCAGAAAGCAACCCAGAGUUUAAGAAACUUGCAUUCUCUGCUCCUGGACCAAAAAAUGUCUAUGUCCCUAUGAAGCGAACUAGUCGCCGUUGUUUCUCAAGAUACAGAAUGUCUCUAGGAGAUGCUGAACCAAUUGAAGCUGAAUCUGAAAGCAAACCAUCAACUGAGAAAGCAGAACCUGUUAAUGAUUCAAAGAUUUCCUGUCGUGAAUGUGGAUAUGAUUAUUGCGAAGAUGAAUUAUUAUGUUGCUGUGGAUGUUAUGCAUAUUAUCAUGUCUUCUGUCUGUCUCCUCCUUUGGCCUCACUUCCAACAGGAUCUUGGUAUUGCCCUCAUUGCAUUGCUAAGGAAUGUUGCCAAGUGCCUGAUCCUUUUGGUUUUGAACAAGCUAAAAAAGUUUAUUCUCUUCAAACUUUUGGCAAAAUGGCAAACCAGUUUAAAGCUGACUACUUUAAUCAGCAACCAACUGAUGUACCAUAUGCCACUGUUGAAAAGGAGUUUUGGAGACUAGUUGGUUCUGUUGAUGAUGAGGUUACUGUUGAGUAUGGAGCUGAUCUUCAUUCUAGUAAGCAUGGCAGUGGAUUCCCACUGCGUGACCCAUGUAGUGGUUUAUUAACUGUAUCUGGCACUGAAGAAUAUGUUAAUUCUGGAUGGAACCUGAACAAUUUACCUGUUCUAAAAGGAUCUGUUCUUGGAUUUAUUGAUGCUGACAUUUCUGGAAUGAAAGUCCCUUGGUUAUAUGUUGGGAUGUGUUUCUCUUGUUUCUGUUGGCACACAGAAGACCACUGGAGCUACUCAAUCAACUACCUGCAUUGGGGUGAAGCAAAAACAUGGUAUGGUGUUCCUUCAGCUUAUGCUGAUGCAUUAGAAGCAACAAUGAAAGAGCAGGCUCCUGAGUUAUUUGAGAACCAACCUGAUUUAAUGCAUCAUUUAGCUACGACACUGAAUCCAUCUCUUUUAAUUAAGAAUGGAAUACCGGUUGUUCGAACUGAUCAAUGUGCUGGUGAGUUUGUUGUCACGUUCCCUAGGGCGUAUCAUGCUGGUUUUAAUCAAGGAUUUAAUUUUGCUGAAGCAGUGAAUUUCUCACUAGCUGACUGGUUGCCUGUUGGACGUGAAAGCAUUGAGCAUUAUCGAUUAACUCAAAAGUCCCCUGUUUUCUCUCAUGAUGAACUCAUUUGUAAAAUUGUGGCUCAACCCAAUGACCUGGACCUCUCUGUUUUGGUAAUGGCUUCUAAAGAUGCUGAGACAAUGUUUUCAAUUGAAGAGCAAUUGAGACACUCUGUCAAAUGCAGUGGUAUACAAGUGGAAAAGAAGGAAAUAUUUGAAUUGUUACCAGAUGAUGACAGGCAGUGUUCUGUAUGUAAGACGUGUUGUUUCUUAUCUGGAGUAAGGUGCUCAUGCUCUCCCAAGCUAAUGGCUUGUCUUGAGCAUCAUAAAGACUUGUGUAACUGCCACAGCAGUGAAAAGUCUUUAAGGAUUCGAUACAAUCUUACUGAGCUACGUCAGUUAAUGUCGACUGCUCAAGAGAGAGCUAAUAUGUUCUGCUUGUGGGCAAAAAGAGUUGACAGUUUGUUAGAUGGUCUUGAACAACCUAAGCCUGAUCUUCAGUACAUGCAAGCGUUGCUUCUUGAUGGGAAGAAUAAGGAGUUCAGUAAUUGUGAGCAGUAUAAUGAGCUGGUAGCUGCUAUUGGUGAAACGGAAAGAAUUUUAAGUACCAUAUAUGACAUUAUGCAGCCUAAGAGUAGAGAUAUGUUUGUUUCUGUUCAUGAUCUGAAGCAAGUCUUACAGGAUGUAUUGGCAUUGCCUUGUGUUCUGCCUGAAGUUGAUAAACUACAGUUUCAUCUUCACACUAUUAAUGCUUAUCAAGAGGAAGUUUUAUCGACUCUCUCUGCAAUGAAUGACAAUUGUUCAACAAAUGAGGAAGACAUACUUGUGUUGCGGAAAUUGCUUGAGCGAGGUGAACAACUGUCUCUUGAUAUACCACAACUUGGAGAAAUCAGAAAUGCCAUAGAUCGAGUUGCUUGGAUUAAAGAUAUAAAUGUACUGUUAAAUAGUGGGAAGAAAAAUCAUAUCGAUACUUUAAGAAGCAUGUACAAGAAAGGACAAAGUCUUCAUUCCUGUAAAGCUGUAAGUUCUUCUUUGGAAAAGCUAAAAAAUUUGUUAGGAGCUGUUCAAGAAUGGGAGCACAAAGUUAAAAGUUCCUUAAAAGAAAAGCCACCCCACCCUAUUUCCUAUUUUGAGGCACAAUUAAAAGGCAUGAAUCAGCUACCUGUGACAGUCCCUUUGGCAGAAACACUUUGUUUGGCUAUAGACGAAGCCAAAAAAUGGAAUGAUGAGGCUCAAGAAGUCCAGGCUGCUGACAAGCACCCUCAUUAUAGCACGCUAAAAGAACUUUUGUCUUCUGCUCAUCCAAUAUCAAUGAGAUUAGAUCAACUUCCUCAAGUAGAGUCACGUUACUCAGCUGCUAAAGCUUGGGUAGAUCGUGCAUCACGUACUUUUCUCAAGAAAAAUUCCAGCUCAUCUUUAAUUGACGUAUUGCUACCAAGAGCUGAGUCUGUUGCUGCAUCUCAACAAGGAAAGGCACCAAAGAAGAAAGGAGAUAGCGAAUACAUAGUUCAUACCUCAGCUCUUAGCCUAGCAAAAGGUGAUCGAUUAAAAGAAAUGGAUUUGAUUCAUGCCAUGGAAAAGGAAGAAAUUGAAUACAUCAAAAAGAAAAGAAAAUUUAAUAUCGAUAAGCAGCAACAAGAGGAAGAUUCGUCCUCUCCUGUUUUGUAUUGCUUGUGUAACAAACCGGAGAGUGGUUACAUGCUACAAUGUGAAGUGUGCAAUGAAUGGUAUCAUGCCAACUGUCUUCAUAUUCCGAAAAGCAAACUCAAUCAAGACAGUGACAUUAGCAAAGAAAUGAGAUUUAUUUGUGGAUCGUGCCUGAGAAGUAGACGCCCACGUCUUGAUGCUAUUGUGUCUCUAUUAAUAUCACUUCAGAAAGUCCCUGUAGCCAUUUCUGAAGGGACUGCUCUUCAUUGUUUGGCUGAGCGAGCCAUUAGUUGGCAAAAACAAGCUCGAGAAGUGUUAUCAACAACACGAGGAGUUAUCGAAGAAGCUAGAAGUCAACAAUUGCGAUUACUGGAUAUACGAAAGAAGGUAUCUAAAUGGAAGCAAGAAGCUAGUGAAGAGUCAGCUGAAGUACUUGCUUAUCAAACAGGUUCUGUACUAAAACAUUAUGAGUCACAGCUGUCUAAAGAAAAGGCAAAUUAUGCUGGAUUAACUGAGGCUCAGAGAAAAAAUGUGGAAGACAUGUUGCUAGUAGGGGAUUUAUUGGAAGUUACUACUGAUGAAACCACUCAGUUGUGGCAGAUACUGCAAACUGAUUCGGAGUGUAUAUCAUAUUAUACGAUGACGGAAGAGGAAGCAAUGAAGAAUUGUACAACCAAAGUAACUUCACCUCCUUCAAGAAAACUUCAAAUGAUGCUGGAAGAUGCAGAAGAUACAAAUGUUUCGUUAUCAGCAUCAGCUACAUCAAAGAAGAGAAAGAAAGGUGCAGUUGAAGAUGUUGUAGCUGAACAGAGUCAAAACAAGAAGAAAAAGAGUGUAAAACAAACUGAGCGAAAGAAAUUAUCACCAUCUAAAAGUUUAAGGCAACGUCAGAGCCCUGCAGUGGAGAGCCUUGCUUGUAUUGAGGGACAAGGAAUUUUAUCAGACGAUGAGCAUGAAGUGCAAGGAAGUGAUUCCAAUGAAGAUGCAAUAUGUUCUGCACCUCAGUGUAUUAGACCUAUGGCUAGUCAAAUUAGUUGGGUACAAUGUGAUCUAUGUCAGCUAUGGUUUCAUUUACUCUGUGUUGGACUGACGCCUGAAAGUGUUGAAAAAAUUGACAUUUAUAAUUGCUGUGUAUGUAAACAAAAGUGUAUAUCUGAACAGAAAGCACUCUUUGAAAGUGCUUCUCAGAAAAAAACUACUGCUAUGCUAAAUCAGAGAACAUCUAUUAAAUUAUAGUUUGCUGUUGUUUGUCUUUGUCAUUCUACCUAUGAAUAAUUGUUACUUUGUUUGUAUCUCUGUUUUACUCUCUCUUGUAUUAAUAAGCUAUUAGUUAGUUUAGCCCAUCUAUCUAAAAUAA